CCUCGGUUAUAGAAUGUGCCUGAGUCGUUGAAAUUUAAGUAUCAUGACAACUGAGAAAUAAUGGCGACAUCAAGCUAUUUGAUCUGAGCGACAUUGCCGAAUCUGAGGUCUCUCUCUGGUCACUGGAUGUCCAACAAUGUCUUCCUCGAUUUUAGCAACUCUGUCCCUCCUCUUGUCUUUCCUUCUUGUGCACCAUGCAACUGGCCUUGAAUUCAACAUCGCUCGCUUCGAUCCCGCCGCGAAUGAUAUACUCUACGAGGGAGAUGCGAAGCCUGCGGUUGGAGCCGUUGACAUGACGAGUCAGCUCUAUUUCUGCCACGUCGGCCGAGCCACGUACAAUGAGAAGGUCCGGUUAUGGGACUCUGGUUCAGGGAAGCUCUCCGACUUCACUACCCACUUCCAGUUCACCAUCGACACGAACGGUCAACGUCAUGGCCAAUACGCUGCCGGGCUUGCGUUUUUCAUGGCUCCCGUGGGGUUUCAAGUCCCCGUCAAUUCGAUAGGCGGGUUUCUAGGCCUGUUCAACACCACGAACAGCGAUUCGUCGCAGAAUCAAAUUGUACACGUCGAGUUCGACACCUUUGCGAACCCAGAAUGGGACCCCGACUAUGAGCACGUCGGAAUCAACAAGAACUCAAUUGCUUCAGCCGUUACCACUCCUUGGAAUGUCACUUACCAUAGCGGAGAUACUAUUGAUGCAUGGAUCUACUACAACGCCUCCACGAUGAAUUUGAGUGUCUCGUGGAGCUUCCAGACUACACCAAACCCCCAAGAGAACACCAGCCUCUGGUAUCAGGUCGAUCUGCGGACAGUGCUUCCAGAAUGGGUCGUGAUCGGAUUUUCGGCCGCCAGCAGCUAUUACAUGGAGCGACAUACACUUGGUUCAUGGGAUUUCAAAUCGAGUUUAGCUGUGGAAGGACCCAAUAGAAAGAAUCCGAAAAGGGUUGGCCUGAUACUUGGGUUGACCAUUCCGCUGAGCGUUAUGCUAGCUUCUGGUGCAGCUAUAGCAUUAGCAAUCAUAUGGAGGAGGAGGAAUCGAAAGAGCACGGAGAAGUUAGCAGAGACGGCGAUCUUGACGUCCAUUAAUGAUGACUUGGAGAGAGGCGCCGGACCGAGGAGGUUUUCCUACCAAGACCUUGCUUCAGCAACCAACAACUUCUCAGAUGACAGAAAGCUCGGUGAAGGAGGAUUCGGGGCCGUGUACCGGGGAUAUUUACUCAACCUUGACAUGACGGUCACGGUAAAGAGAAUAUUGAGAGGCUCCAAGCAAGGGAAAAGAGAGUUUGCCACCGAAGUGAAGGUCAUUAGUAGUUUACGGCACCGGAACCUCGUGCAGCUCAUAGGUUGGUGCCAUGACGGGCACGAGUUCUUGCUCGUUUAUGAGUAUAUGCCGAACGGGAGCCUCGACGCCCAUCUCUUUGGGAAGAAGAGUCCCCUGAAUUGGUCAAUUAGGUACAGAAUCUCGAUCGGCUUAGCCUCAGCGAUCUUCUAUUUGCAUGAAGAGUGGGAGCAGCGUGUAGUACACAGGGACAUCAAGUCUUGCAAUGUCAUGCUAGACUCUAAUUUCAAUGUGAAAUUGGGCGACUUUGGUUUAGCUAGGCUGAUGGAUCACGAACUCGGUCCACAGACUACUGGUUUGGCCGGUACUCUCGGGUACCUUGCACCCGAGUACGUAAGCACUGGCCGAGCAAGCAAAGAAUCGGAUGUGUACAGCUUCGGAGUCGUCGCCCUUGAAAUCGCCACGGGAAGGAGAGCUAGGGAUCUGAAAAAUACGGAGUUGGAGAUGAGUCUGGUGGAGUGGGUUUGGGAUCUUUUCGGGGACAGGAAGCUUCUGGAGGCUGUCGAUAUAAGGCUGGGGUCGGAUUUCGAGGAGACGCAAGUCCUCGGCUUGAUGAUGGUGGGGUUGUGGUGUGCUCAUCCAGAUCGGUCCCUGAGGCAGUCGAUACGGCAAGCGAUUCAGGUUCUGAAAUUCGAGGCUGAUGUCCCGAAUCUCCCGACGAAGAUGCCCGCUCCUGUCUAUCGAGUUCAUACACCGUCGGUGGUCAGUUCCGGCAGAUCGUUUGUAAGUUCAAUCAUCGAAGACGGUCGUUGACCGGGCUUUGACGUAUCUUCGCUGCCCUAAAAUGUG